UAAACAUGGAGGAGUGAACGAAAUAACAAAAACAACAAAUGUUUGAGGUGUAAAAAGGGAUUAUGCAAAACAGCCACUGUCACUGAAUGUUUAGCUAAAUAGCUUAUUCAUCGAUUAGAGUGAUGAGCACCAGGAAGGACACUCGCCCCCCACGGCCGCCUCCCCCACGGCAAGGGUCAGCAAGCAAGCUAAGCACUGGAGGUUUGGGCAUCAGUUUCAAGUCUUUAGAGGAAGAGGAUGAAGACGAUCUCACCAUUUUCACGGGCAAGUUUGACAGAGUGGUGGAGGAAAACAAGAUACAGAAGGCUUGCGAGCGGGGGACGGUGCGUGUCACGACAAAACCGGGUCCUGCAGAACAACCAACUCUCUCUAAACACCACUCGUCAGCACCGGCACUUGAUGAACUUGACAAGUCAUCACCCACGAAAAAGAACAAGUCAUCGGUGUUUGAAUACCGGGAUAUAUUAUCUGGUAUAAAAGAUAAAAUAACGGACACUAAGGAGAAGAUCACUGACACAAUUCAGAAGAAGCUGGAAAUAUCCAGUGAUUCUAGUUCAAACACAAGUCCUGAAAAAGAAACUGUUGAGGUUGUUAAAGAAGACAAAAGCCCAAAUGAAUAUGUAAAAGUAGAACCUGUAGAUCCAUUUGCAAAAGAAGAAAUUAUUGAAGAAAGAACGUCUCUUUUCCGAGGAGAGAUUGGAGUAAAACGUGAGAUUAUGCCCGAGAACGACCCACUAUUAAAUCCUCCUACAGACGACGGCGCAUUCGAUGACGAGAUGGAUGGCCUCCGUGAUGACCUCAUGGAUGACAUUGAGGUUAUUGAUGAAUAUUACAGCAACGAACCCAUGGAGGACUUCACAGGCUCACCCAAUAUCUCAAUGUCGGUCAAACAGAGGUCAAAACUGAAGAGGCUUGGAAAGAAGAAGUUACAGACUUCCGCGACUGUCUCCAUGUCUAAAUUGGUGGACUCAUCGCGGGUUGAUGAGGAGAACUGCACACCCAGUAAUGCACCAUAUAGCACAGACUCCCCAAGGGUGGCACCCUCGUGUCCAGUGAUACAGCAAGACUCUGCCAAUACCCAGUCAAAGACAGCCAGACAUAUACCAGUUCAAGAAAUGACUGCUAUUGCGAUGUGUGUGUUUGCUUACUACAUAAUUCCCCUGCCAGAUUAUCUGUCGGGAUUUGUCAUGGGUUGUCUGUUUGUGUCAAUCGGAAUAUUACUACAUGCUUGGUUGUAUCAACCACCAAAGCCCAGAGAGCCUUUCAAACUGCCCCUUCUAGAAGAGCUACCACCGAUGGAACUUCCUGUUAUGAAAGAGCCUGUCUCAGAGAAUGGUAUUUUUAAGGGCUGGAUGAAUGAACUGGUGGACUACAACCCUGAUGAUUACCACAUUAGUCAGACUCACUCGGUUUACGUGCGUCUUGAGGGCACUCAUCUACGCCUGCAGCGGCCUAAAGUGAAUGUGCCGAAACGUGCCAUGUGGGACGAGGUCAUCCCCCAUACCUCGUUCAUCCACCAGAGACAUUUUGAACUGCCGGGAAGUCGGGUGUUUCUGCUUCCUCCGGGCCUGGUGAAGAAACGCAUCUGGAGCAAAAAGUAUCCGAUAGUGAUAGCUCUAAGGGACCUGGGUACGAAGUCGAGCAUUAAAGAUGGCAGUGCUUCGGUGACGCCCACCACCGACCCAGACAGUGGUUUUGAGCUGGUGGACCAGGAGAGGUGUGACAACAGUAUUAUCUAUCUGUUUGCUCGCACCGGCCGUGAGAAGGAGGAGUGGUUCAAGUGUUUCCAGGCCGCCGCUUGUAACCAGCCGCUAGGAAACCACCUCGUCGACCUGCGAAAUGCCCUCAACAGUCAGUUCCUGUCGCGGUCAGCCCGUCAUCGGCGUCAAGGCAGCACAGAGUCCCAGUCGUCAACAUCGUCAACGGAAUUCGCCAGCGAGACGCCACCGUUGCCGCUCGGGUUUGACCUGCCGGCGUUCUCCUCAUACAUGGCUCGACUGAUGCCUGCUCAGAGUGCAUUACGACUCGCCAGUCCGACCGCCGCAAAGAAGGAUGGCGGGAAAGAGGUCAAGGAUGGGUCAACGGCCAUGUUGUCAAGCGGCUCGUUGAUUUGCGAGCGACAGCUCUUCUGGAUCAACGCUCUGAUUGGUCGGUGUUUCUGGGACUUCUUACGUGAUCAGUGGUGGGCCGAGGUUGUCAAGGAGAAGCUGCAGAGGAAACUCAGUAAAAUACAUGUGCCAUAUUUUAUAGAAGAGCUUCAAGUGACUCAUAUUGACAUUGGAUCUGAAAUACCAGCCAUCCGGCGGGCUGGAUGCCCAUUCCUCGAUGAAAAAGGCUUCUGGGUUGACCUUGACAUUGCAUAUAGUGGCGGGUUUAAAAUGACAAUUGAAACAAAAAUUAAUCUAAUGAAAUUGACACGGAGAGCAUCCCAUGUUGUGAGUUCUGACACGAGCCCCGGUGAAAGGUCUGCUGUGACGGACUCUAACGAGGAGGACAGUGCUGAAUCAUCAACUGACGAGGAGGACGAGCAGGUGACAACAGACGACAGCGGCCCGCCAGGCAGCACAGCCAGUAAGAAGUUCCUGCACUACCUGGACCGGCUGACCCAGUCGAAGUACUUCCACCGCGCCACUGAGUACAAGUACGUGAAGAAGGCCAUGCAGGAGGUGUCCAACACACGGCUCAUCCUCACCGUUGAGAUGAAGAACCUCAUCGGCACCCUCGCCGUCAACAUCCCGCCGCCACCCACAGACAGGCUCUGGUAUGGUUUCCGUGGAAACCCACGUCUGUGGCUGGUUGCCAAACCUAAAGUGGGUGAACGGGAGGUGACCAUCACUCACAUCACGGAGUGGAUAGAGAAGAAACUCUCCCUCGAGUUUCAGCGUGUUUUUGUGAUGCCAAAUAUGGAUGACCUGGUGAUUCCCAUUCUGCUGCCGGGCCAUCCAAAGGAAGCCGUCCCAGUUGUCACAAAAUCAGCAUCUACUGAAUUAUAGACGUCUCCUUCAACUAUAGACAUCUCCCUCAACUAUAGACAUCUUCCUCAACUAUAUACGUCUCCCUCAACUAUACACAUCUCCCUCAACUAUAGACAUCUCCUUGAUAAUACACAUCUCCCUCAACUAUAGACGUCUCACUCAACUAUACACGUCUUCCUCAACCAUAGACGUCUCCAUCAACCAUAGACGUCUCCCUCAGCUGUAGACAUCUCCCUCAACUAUACACAACUCCCUCAACUAUACACAACUCCCUCAACCAUAGAUAUCUUCCUCAACUAUACACGUCUCCCUCAGCUAUAGACAUCUCCCUCAACUAUACACAUCUCCCUCAACUAUAGACAUUUUCCUCAACUAUAGACAUCUCCCUCAUCUAUACACCAGACCUGUCAACCUUUAGUCAAGAGAAAGCAGGAGGUGUGUGUUGAAAAAGCAGGAGAUUUGGUCAAAAAGCAGGAGAUUUUUUAAAUUCACACAAUUUAACCCAA